AUGGAACUAAAAGUUUAUGUUCUUAUUUUAAUAGUUCUACUAAGUUUAAUUCAAACUGCAUUUUCUGUUUGCAACUAUAGAACUGACAAUUUUUAUGGAUACAUGUGUGACUUUAAAAUUCACAAUCCAAAUGGACAGAACAACUUUACAGACAUUGUUGGAUGGCAUUCAUGGUUUAGAGGUGAUGGAAAUGUUCAAGCCACAAUUGUUAUGUCAGGUUCUUACUCAAUAAACUUUCCCGCUGUAAUUUGCAAUAAAUUUUACAAUAACAUCUGGAUUAACUUAAGUUCAAUCGGAAUUAAGUUUAUUGAUUACUUCGCUCUUAGAAGCUGCAAAAAUCUUCAAUAUUUGGACUUAGACAACAACAAAAUCACCGAUAUCAAUGAAAUGUCAUUCAUCUAUAACUUGGAUAUGCGGACAUUGCUUUUAUACUCCAAUCAGCUAUCGACAUUGCCGGAAAGUGUUUUUGGAAAACUUAAAAAAUUGACUACAUUAAAGCUUAACAAUAACAAGCUAACACAGCUACCACAAAAUAUUUUCAAUGAAACAAAAGCAUUAAAAGAUUUGAACCUAGACGACAAUUUGAUAGAGUCUCUGCCAUCAAACAUCUUCAAAUCACUGAAUAAUUUACAAGUUCUAAGGAUGAGCAACAAUAAAAUCACAAGUAUCUUGCCUGACUGGUUCAAGACAUUGGGAAAUUUACUCACAUUGUACUUGGAAGGCAAUAAAAUUGAGCAACUUCCGGUGAAUGCUUUUAAUUCGUUGAAAAAAGUAACAAAAAUCAGCUUGAUUCGCAACAACCUUAAAAUCAUUCACUCUGAUUCUUUUGGAAUUCUACCGAGUCUUACUCACAUCUACCUUCAAAAUAAUGUAAUUAAUGGAUUUUACGAAAAGAUUAUUGAUAAUACUAAGGUUCAUACUUUGGAUAUGUUUAAUAAUUUGUGUGCCAAUGUUAACAUUUUUGAUAAUUCAACUGAUAAAGAAUCUAUGCGGACUACAAUGGGGAAGUGCUUUGACAAUUAUGAAAUUACUGUUUUUGGAUGCAUUAGUGGAAAUUUAGACGCAAGAAUGUGCAAACUUGAAGGUGAAAACGAGAAGACUCUCGCUUCUUUCCAGAAAAUUGACAAUCAAACCAAUCAAAUUGUAUCCCAAGCUGAUCAACUAAUCAAAGAAAUCAAAACAUUAAAACUAGACACUCAAGGAUUGCAUUUAUCAGUUGAAAAACUUACUAUUGACCAGAAAGUUCUUAGCAAAAAUUUCACUUCUUUUAGUACAGAAAAUCAAAAACAUCGCGAUACCUUUGAAGCAAAAAUGGAAGCUUUCAUGCUAGAAAGUUCAGACAAAAGUAUUUUAAUGGCUGAAAACCAAGAAGAAAUUGAAAAACUUCACGCAUUGAUUAAUGAGUUGAAAGUGUUUGUCAACAAUCAAUCGUCUGGCUACGAAGAACUUCACAAUCAAGUCCUUGAUUUGAUGGCUCGUCCUUGUGAAUGUCAUCAAUUAAAUUAA